UUAAAUUCCCUCUAAGUUAUCGUCCCUUGUGUAGUGUCUGAAAAAUCCCUGUCCCGAUCGCUGCCUGCUAUCUUCGCCAAAAGGCGGACGACCUUCCAGUGUGGUCUUAUUUGUUGUGCUGUGCAAAAAUUCGCGAGCCGUGCGUAUAUUUCCGUACGCCCAACGUUUUCAUGGACCGUGUAGUUUGGGGGCUUUAUUGUCAGCUGAGUGUAAAAAUAUUUUGUCCAACUGCUCGUGAAAGCCAGUAUUUCGCUUACCCGCCGACGGCAUCUCUUGUUUGUUCGUAAGUGGCCCUCCUGCAAAGGACCAACAGGGAGAACUGCUGGCCUACUGAGUGCUUUCAAACCAUUGUGAAUACGAGUAUCCUCUGCAGCGUGAGCACACAGCGCCCUAGUUAAGUGAUAUAUGUGCGAAUGUGUCCGUGAUACAGUGUAGUGGACGGUGCAAGUGUGUUGUAUAAUAAUCAGUGUAGUAGGGACAUAUUGCUGGUGAAACUAUCACGUUCAGAAUCUUGAAAAGUUGUUAAGUUUUUCUUGCCAUCGCGUAAGGAAAAGAAGAACGAAACCAUCAGUUCACCCGUGUCUGUGUGUGUGCUGAUAUAAGCUGCUGACGACAAGUGCUUGCUCUGGUGGAGAUAGCAAGGCGGAGGAGAGAAGGAAAUAAAUUUUGAGACGCAACGUUAAUAUAAAAAUCUUCCACCAUUUUCUCCAAAGGCGAAAACAUGGCAUUUGCGGGCCUUAAAAAGCAAAUUAAUAAAGCAAAUCAGUAUGUCACUGAAAAGAUGGGAGGUGCUGAAGGCACCAAGCUGGACUUGGAUUUCAUGGAGAUGGAGCGCAAAACGGAUGUCACCGUCGAGCUAGUCGAAGAGUUGCAAGCCAAGACCAAAGAGUACUUGCAACCGAAUCCGACAGCUAGAGCAAAGAUGGCAGCGGUCAAAGGUAUUUCUAAAUUAUCAGGUCAGGCUAAAAGUAAUACUUAUCCACAACCAGAAGGUAUAUUGGCUGACUGUAUGCUGACGUAUGGUAAAAAGCUUGGUGAGGACAGUAUUUUUGCGUCGGCGUUGGUCGAAAUGGGCGACUCGCUCAAGCAGAUGGCUGACGUGAAGUAUUCGCUUGAUGAUAACAUUAAACAAAACUUCCUCGAACCGCUCCAUCAGCUACAGACGAAGGAUUUGAAGGAAGUGAUGCACCACCGUAAAAAACUACAAGGCAGACGUCUUGAUUUCGAUUGUAAGAAAAGGCGACAAGCCAAGGGUUCUCAAAUUACAGACGAUGAAAUCAGGAGCGCUGAGGAGAAAUUUGCCGAAUCGCUACAGCUUGCACAGGUUGGAAUGUAUAAUCUGUUGGAGAAUGAUGUUGAGCAAGUCUCCCAGCUGGUAACAUUUGCCGAGGGGAUGCUCGAUUAUCACUCUCAAUGUUCUGAGAUAUUGAAAGUAUUAGUGGAAACGCUGAACGAAAAACGCGAGGAAGCUGCAGCAAGACCAAAGUCUGAAUUUGUACCCAAGACGCUUGCCGAUUUGAACAUCGAAAUGCUCGGUUCGCAGGAUGGAAUGAACGGUGGGCCCCAUUUUCUUAAUCCCAAUAGGUUGAACAAUUCCCAUCACCACAUGUACAGUUCCCAGCAAAAUCUGUCCAAUAACAAAACCUAUUCUUCCAAUCACAACAACAAUAGUAGCCACUUUAACCGUAACCGACUAUAUGGCUCUCAGCAGAGCCUAUCGUCGACACGGAGCGGCGGUACGUCAAGUGCAUUUGGUGGUGUAGGUGGCAGAGCAGGCGACACCAGUGGAAUUGAUAGUAUUAGUAGUACUGAUGGGUCUGACAUGCGGCCGCCGUCUUACGGAUCGUCCGUAGACAGCUGGUUAAAUGCAUGGGAUCAACCGAAUAAUGGGGGUUAUGCCGGAAACGGUGGUAUUGGUGCAGGGUCUAAGCCGGGCAAGAGUACUACUACGUCCAACAGCGGGGCCAACAUUCGAAAUAAUAAUAAAAACAGUUAUAGUUCAAUGUACAGUACCGCUACUACCAAUAGCACCGCAAUGUUUGCUAACAACAACAACAACAACAGCAAGAGCAUCUUCAGUGAUCCUUGGUCAGCUUCGCCAUUGCCGUCGCCGAUGCGUUCUCCCGCAAGAACACCGAUGCCAACAAAGCCCACACAGCCAUGCUGCACAGCAUUGUAUGACUUUGAGCCAGAGAACCCGGGGGAAUUGGGUUUCAAGGAAAACGAUGUCAUUACUCUAAUCCAGCGCGUGGAUGAAAACUGGUUCGAGGGUAGCUUGAAUGGACGAAACGGCUAUUUCCCCCAGUCGUAUGUACAGGUGACCGUGCCACUGCCCAGUAAUUAAGCCAGCAUCCAGCAAGGACCUACAAAUGAUGUUACUACUCAAAACGAACGUAGAACGUAAACGUGUGAAAAACAACAACAACAGCAAAAACAAAACGCAAACAACUAAUUAAAAAAGAUGCAAAGCAGAGCAGUCAAACGUAAAAGGGGCCCGAUGUGCGAAGAGCGACAGAGAGAUCAACUCAAGCAGAGUUGAAUUGGUCAAGAACUGAAGAAGAAAGCCUAUGCUGUGCUUAACAACCAACGCAUGGGCUGAGAUGGAGACAGACAUCUGAAUAGCUAGCGCCAAAUCGUUAACCCAAAACUAAAACAAACAAACAAAAAACAUUCAUAAUCUAUUAACUCCUCUCCUCCGACACUUGAAGUCUCCCUAACCUAUGAUUACUAGUUUACAUUCGGAUAAAAUGAAGCAGUGAAAACGAAGAAGACGAAGAAAAAAAAUACGUUCCUCAAAGACUCUUCUAAAUUGAAAUUGAGAUUACCAAAUCAUAAUGACACGUUACGGAUCGAAUUAAAUCGAAGCCCACGUCAUUAUCGGUAUGUUGCUAGCCAGCGAACAUUUUACUAUCUUACAAAUACUAAAGAACACGUUGCACACCCUCCUUUCUGGAGGAACUUUUAAUCGAGCAAAUGUUCUGUUUUAGCAAACGAUAACUUUUAAAAGCAAACUCGCGGAGGCAUCAUCACGAUUUAUCUUAGUUUAAUUUGUACUAUUGCAAUUAUUUUACCCAACUUAUAUUGUUGCUCCACGCAGUGAUUUUAAUUUUAUAGCAGAUUCAUGAUUCAAUUACUAUAUCUGAUCACUUUCUGUGUAAAAGAGCAUCGAUCGAAUAAAGAUAGGUUUUGAUUUGGGAAUGAGAAUACGUGUAGGGAAAAGUAUGCUUGUUUAAAGAUCAAUUCCUCCGUUUGUUACAGUACAAUUCAGUACACAAGUGUUGUUAUGCAUGAAGAUUGAUAGAAUGUUGCUGUAUGUGGUGUAGUUGAAUCACUCGAGUUUGCCAUAGAAAUAGAAUGCGAAUGAAAUGUUAUGAGAUUAUUUAGACAAGGUUAGGUUUGCUAGAAGCAGAUGCUUCUCGUUUGUGGUGCUGUUACCUUAACGUUUUCCUUUAAAUUGCGCAUUUCGUUCAAAUGCAUCUGUGUAUUGAUAGAUACAUCACCACCACCAUCACCUGUUGAACCUAUUGUUGAGAAUGUGGGUUUGAGUUUUCCUGCAAUGCGUCUACAGGUUUGUUGUACAGCCUACGAUUAUGAGCGCUCUCUUACUAGCAUGUCUUACUAGCAGAAAGGUAGACAAAUCAUAUGUUUAGUAUCUGCGAAGGAUUUUUUCGAGACAUAGCAUAAGUUUUAUGAGUUAGUUAGCAAACUUAUUGAUGCAAUCAUUACAUACACGUUCGGUUGGCAUGGAAACAUCACUAAUGACCAUGCAGUAGCCCCACUAUACGCUCUUCAUGGUUUAUGUUGCCAGUUGGAUAGAAUUGCUCAUAACAAUUACAUAUGUAUACAUGUACAUUAUGCCCAAGUUCUUCGUUUUGAUAGGAUUUUUUUAAAAAUAAUACCCACAUCAGUUAGGGGCGUUUGGCCGCAAAAAUUAUUGUUUAAUUCUGUAAGAAUAAUCACCGGUAAAAAGUAUGUAAUCAACGCGUACCGUUGCUCAAUAGUACAGAACUACAACAAAAAGUAUGAUGUUUAGUUUACAGAAAUUCUUUGCCUAGUUUUUCUUUUUCCAUUACAUACACAUAUAAGGUUUAUCAUACGCGCUGGUUAGAAAAAAAAUCGAGUUCUAAAAUCAUGUAUUACUACUACUUUGCGCUUGGCACAAGAAACGCAUUACGCAUUGCCUGUUGCUGAUGGGAAACUUGAUUCCUCGUUGAUGCCAAUAUUUUACUUUACUGUUGUAUGGAUCGGAAGUUCGUAUACACGUAUACGUGAUAUAUAUAUAUUUGUCGGGUUAGAGUAUUAUUUGUACAGAUACACAAUUGUAUGUUAUGUUUAGCGAUCCUAUUUUAAGUUUACAACCUCAAAGUCAUUAGUUAUGAUAAAAUGAAAAUGUUUAAACCAUCCAAAAACA